CCGCAGGAUAUCUGGGACAAACAUGACGCAGAAGUACAGCCAGCGGUCACUGAUGGUCUUGUCUCUGCUGGGGAUCUUGUCCGCCAUCAUGUCUGUGCUGUCGGUCAUUUUGAUCUUCCAGCUGCUGUCCCAGCAGACAGCGGUGCGGGACUCUCCUCCGUCCACCUCCGCGGUCAUCCCCCCGCAUGUGUGGGCCGUGCUGCUGCCGGUGUCCACGGUGCUCUCCGCGCUGUCCCUCACUCUCAACCUGAGCUCGGUGGUGGUCUGUCUCCUCCACAGCUAUUUCUCCACGGAGGUCUGCAGAGGGGAGCAGGACACCGACAGAGCUGACUGGUUCCUUUUGGACAGCAGAGCUGUGCGUCAUGUGGCCAUCGGGCUGUUCUGCAUGGGGGUCUCAGUGUAUCUGGCAGCUAUGUCGAUCUUCAUGCUCCUAAUAUUUGAGAUAGAGACUGGCAUCGCUAGUGCUUGUGUCCUCGCCUCUGGAAUCCUAAUUGUGUUGGUUGUUGUGAUACACUCUCUGGUCAAAGCUUCCCGUACUGCCAAGCACUAUCACAGCGACCACCUCAACACCCUCUUCCAGAAUGACCACGGUGGCAGUAGAAUCAGCACACCUGUCUCUCGGCCCUGUGAGCUGAAGAUCGGCGUGGACAAACCACGAAUUCACCGCAGCCAGUCUCACCUUCCACCUCAGCUGUCCUACCCACAGUGUGGCAAUCCCAGGCAACGAGAACACUUUCAACAGCAGCAGUAUUCCCCGACUGAAGGGUCGCAGGGCCACUCGAGUGAGAGAGACGGCUACAGCAGUGGAGGAAGCUUUCCUCGAAUGCACCGGACCCUGUCUACUGAAUCCGGUUUGUUACAGGCCCAGGUCAAACCCUGGAAUGGGGUCAAUAAUGAGAUGAGGAGUGUCCUUGCACGCAAGUCAGGGAUUUCUGCAAAAGACUCUACUCUUGUGUGAACCAUUCUGCAGCUUGACUGAUGACCUUCACGUGCUGUAGAUGCCAACAUAGAUGAC